AUGAGAAAUCUGAAACUGGCAGUGUGGGAUUUCACUUUGGAAAAUGACAUUUACAUUGAAAAUAACUCAAUAACAUUGUAUAAUACAAAUAAUGAAAAUACAGUUAUCUAUUUUACAAAAGAAUUGGCAUCACAUGCUGUUUAUCAUAUGUUGACACCUAUAGAAUAUCCUGCUACAAGCCCAGAAGGAGUUGCAUAUGUGUUUAACAUUGAAGGUUGGAAAGAGCCACUAUUAGCAUUCAAAGAUAUUCAGUAUUCGAUUGGUAAGCCUGAAGGUAAAUACAAAGUUAUGUGUCCCUAUCUUGGAGUUGAAGUUAAGCGUGAGAUGCAAACUUGUCAAGAAAUUUCAUCAAAUAAUAUUGACAACAAUACCUUUGAGUUUUAUCUUGCUGUUCAAGAAACUUCAUGCAAAUUUAAAAUUAAUGAAAGAUUAUGUGAAGGAAAACCAGUUCUUCAUUGUUUGGCUCAUCAUAAUUCAUUAGAAACUAAAUAUUUUAUUGGUUGUACUAAAUGGAAAUAUGGUGAAAAACAUCAUCGAUUUAUAUUUGUUUCUUCGAAUGUUAAUUUGGAACUUUUGAAUAAUUUGUAUAAUGUAUAUGCACAUCAAUCAGGAAAUGUUAUAUGCCAUGGUCCUAUUGUUAAAAAGUCUUGUAAAGUUGAAUUCUAUAAACUUACACUAUUAAACCUUAAAAAAUGUCCUUUUGUAAUUUUAAUUUGUAAAGGAAUAUAUACACAUUCUCCUCCUCCAUCUAUACGGACACCUAUUAAUAUAAAGCAAAGACUUCAAACACUUGUUCAACAAGCUAAUAAGGAUUUAACUGAUAUUACACCAACAAAAAUUAUUACAGGCAACUUAAUUAAAUCAUAUUUUGGUAUUGACACUUUAAGUGAAGUUUAUACUUCACUUAAUGAUAUUGAUAAGUUACAAAAUUGUGUUUAUAAAAUUCAAAAAGAAAAACAUCCAUUUGAACAAGAUUUGUUGGAAACAUCACCAAGUUUUAAACAUAUACAUGAUGAAGGAUGGGGUUGUAUAAUAGGUGAUCUUGACAUAGCACAGGCUAUUGGAUUAGGUGAAACUCUAGCUUCAAUUAAUAAUACUUAUAAUUGGGAGGAACAUUUAAUAUAUAUUUUUAAAUCUUGUCAAUUUAAAGAUGAUAUUAGAGCUGAUAUAGAAGCAUUAUUAAUAGCAACUCCAGAAAAAGUAAAAUUAAUUUUUAAUAAAUUAUUAACUUAUAAUAAUAACAAACUUACAGAUAAUUGGCAAUCUAAAGGUGCAAAACGAAAAAUUCAAUCAAAUACAUUACAAGUAAACAAUAAAAAGUUAAAACAACCUUUAAAAAUUGAAAAAAUUGAUUUAACUAAUGAUGAAGUCAUUAUAAAUAAAGAAAAUACUAAGGAAACACAAAUGUCACUAAUAGAAAAAUUAGAGUAUGAAGAACGAUUAUUACAACUCAAAGAAAAAAAGAAAAAAUUAAGAGAAUUACAUAUUUCUAAUUUAAUUAAAGAGCGUGAACAUGGGUUAGAACAUUAA